AAAGUAGUUUUAAUUUGUUAAAAAGUAUUUAGAUAGUUGGGAUGAGACGGGAACCUCCCUGGACUACUCCCUGAACAUUCUCUACAGAAAUCCUUUACAAGUAAGACUAACUCCCCUGAAGGUCAAUGAACGACACACACACACAUGCACACUGGAAGUUGACUUGUGUUUUUGUUCAGACACACACACGCACACACACACAUGUCUGGUUUACUAUCCCCGUGGGGACAGUCCAUAGGCGUAAUGUUUUUUAUACUGUACAAACUGUAUAUUCUAUCCCCUAUCCCUAACCCUAUCCCUAAACCUAAAGAUCAUAGAACACUUUUUGCAUUUUUAGAUUUGUAAAAAAUAUUGUUCUGUACAAUUUAUAAGCUUUUUUGCCCCUGGGGACCUCAAUUUUGGUCCCCACAGUGACACGAGUCCCCAUGUGUUGGUGUGCGUUCAGGUUUAGGUCCCCACCGGGAUAUACAAACAUGAACACACAUACACACGCGCACACACACGCACGCACACACAAGCACACACACAGCGGCUCCGGCGGGGCGGGCGAUGGAGGUGCGCAGCGCCGCGCACAGGCGCGUUCACAAAUAUAGUUGAGAAACUUCACAGACGCGCUCUUUGGCACGACUCAUGGAAACAUUUACAGAGGAGAUGGAUGAGAAAACACAAUUCGUUUCAUUUCAGAUCGUAAUGAAUGACGUUUAGAUGUAGUCGCGUUUCCUCUAAUGGCUUUGUCGUGCGCGUCCGCGGCCGUUUUUGCGCAGUGAUGUCCGCGCACGGAUUGUUGAACAGCGUUUUCUCGUGCUCGCCAUCGGCGUCGAAGACACGCGUGAAGAAGAAAGUGCGUCAGACGCGCAGUCUGGAUUCCGCGCUGAUGGGAAGCUGCGGCGGGUCCGGAGAUCACCAGAGGUCCCACUGCUCGACAGGUGGCCCAACAUCACCCGAAAGCCCCAAACCGACCCCGCGCGUCUCCACCUCGAGUUUAUCCGCAUCUUCGGACGCGUCGUCCUCCAUCAGUAUCCACCAUGACUGCAAAAGCGGCAAACGCAACGCGUCGAGGGACGCGUCGCUCAACCUCGCCGGAUCGAGCAGCAUCUUCUCGCCCAGAAAGUGGCUUCAGAGGAAGUUGCCACAUUCGGAGAUCUCUUCCCACAAUAAUAAAAGUGAGGGAGAUUUGACCUGGAAGAGAACAUCUGGACAUCAUUUCCAUUUGCAGUCAGUUUCUAUUCAGAGUUUGUCUGAAUUGGAGAGAGUUCGACUGCAGGAGGUCGCUCUGGUCCGACUGUUAAAAGAUUUUGAUUUGGGAUGCCAGAUCAGCAUCCCUAAAGACGGUCAGAAGCGUAAGAAAUCACUCCGGAGGAAACUGGACUCCUUAUCAAAAGAAAAGAAAGACAGAGAAUCGGAGCCUCAGGCGUUCGGCGUGCCGCUCUCACAGGUGAUUUUUAAUGACCGGCGUCUGAAGCAGCUUCACGAGGGUCAGCGGUGUCCUGCGGGUCGACCGGCGUCUCUCUGGCAUCUGGCCGGCCGGAGAUCCAAUAACAAAGAGCUUUCUAGCAGUAACUCCUCCCUCAGCUCCGCCUCCGAGACGCCCAAUGAGUCCAGCUCACCCGGCACACCCGAGACGGCCCUGCGCUCGCAGAGACGGGGUGGGAUGUCUGUGGACUGCAUCACUGAUCUGGAUGACGGUCAGACGUGUCUCCUGGAGGCUCUUCAGUUGUCCAUGCCGGUGGAUUCAGCCGGCGAGAAGAAGACGAGCGAUAAGAAACUGAGUUUAAAUCCGCUCUGCAGACAGGUGCCGCGUGUUCUGGACAGCUGCUGUCAACAUCUGGAGAGAUACGGUUUGCAGACGGUCGGCAUUUUCCGUGUCGGAAGCUCCAAGAAGAGAGUGAGACAGCUGCGUGAGGAGUUUGAUGAAGGUGUGGAUGUGCAUCUGGAUCAGCAGCACAGCGUUCAUGACGUGGCGGCUCUGUUGAAGGAGUUUCUGCGAGAUCUUCCUGAUCCUCUGCUCACCAGAGAGCUUUAUUAUGCUUUCAUCAGCUGCGCAUCUCUGAACGGGACGGAGCGACACGCUGCCCUGCAGCACCUCAUCUGUCUGCUUCCUGCCUGCAACAGCGACACGCUGCAGUGUUUACUUCACUUCCUGUCUAAGGUGGCCAAUCACGCGGAAGAUUCCCGGGACGGUGACGGACACAAGGUCAUUGGCAAUAAGAUGACAUCACUGAACCUGGCGACGAUAUUUGGUCCGAACCUGCUUCACAAGCAGAAGAUGUGUGAGAAAGAGUUCAGUCUUCAGAGUUCUGCUCGUGUUGAAGACAGCGCCGCCAUCAUCACUGUCGUCCAACACAUGAUCGACUCGCAUGAAACAUUAUUCAUGAUUUCGGCUGAGCUGCAGACUGAAGUUCUUCAGAGUUUGUUGGACACAGACAGUGAUGUGGUGGAUUAUCUGCUGAGAAGAAAAACACCACAGAGUGACACUUCCAGAUCCUCCAGUGGAGAGAUCUCUCCGUAUGAAAACAACUCUCCCACUCGCUCAGAGUGCAUGUGUCCAUCCAUCCAAAGCCAUCAAAACAUCCCAGUCAGCCUAGACAGUCUCACCGGGGACAUCACGGAGAAUUCACUGGACCGGAACGGGGAAACGGUUCAUGAGAAGGCCAGCGUCUGGAGAAGCCGACACGCUGCUCUUCUGUCAGGAGUUCAUGACAAACUAUUCACAGGCUCUGAUGGAAACCUGUAUAAACGUGUCUCCUCCGAGUCGGACUGUGUGAACUACAGCAACACAAAGCAGUCGUGUGCAGACAGCAGACCACUGCACUUCCCCUGCCGCAGUCACGGUCCAAUCACAUCCGGCUGCCGGACGACACUGCACCAAUCAGAGGAGGCCGUAUCACCUCCUGUCAGCCCCUCAUUUUCAGACAAAGAAGAGAAACCUCCUGUUGCCUCUGUGACGUUUGCCGGGUCUGUAGAACCUCACCGUGUCACUUCCUGUCACGACAGACAGGAGGCGGAGUCAGACGUCACCGUGACAACGAAGAGUUUAACAGGAGAUGAACGAGCAGCCUGGCCAACAGACAGAUGGUUAAUAUGGCAGCUGCUAUCAUCAGACAGCGUGGACACAUUACCAGAGACCAUCGUGUAAAUAAAACAGCAUGAAGAAUUCUGAUUUUUUAGAUUUGUGUGAAAAUGAAUUGGCCACGCCCCACAGGAUGUUGAAGUAGAAUGACAGGAAGUGGAAUUUGCUGACAGUGUUUUCAUCACUCCAGCCCUAAUCCUAUUACAACUCAAAUGAUUCAAUCUUUAAUUUGACAGAAUUUACUACAGAAAUCAAUUUCUUGGUGUUUUUGACCAAGUCUUUUUGUUUUACAGUACAAAUACCAAAACGUUCUUAAAUCAAGAUGCAUUAACCUGAGGAGUAAAAUGACUAAAAGAUAUGAAGUCUUAUUUAAAAAGAAUACAAAUAAAAGAGAGAAAAACAGGUUCUUUUUUACCCAGUUGGCAGAUAUGCUUUUCUUGUUUUCUUGUUUUGAUUUUUUUCCCAGAGAACGUAACUAAAUAUUUUGUCAUUGUGCUUCUCUGGUACUGUAAAUGUAUGUUGCUUUAAGAAUGUUUAGAUAUUUCUUUCUGGACAGCAAAACUGAAAUAUUAAGAUUAUUUUUUUGCUGUGUUUGCCUAUUUUUUCCAUGCAUAGUGUUUUUUAUAUGAUAUUUUUGCAUCUUUUAACAAAGAGUGUUUUUUUACAGCAGGUGCUGUUUCGUCCAGUUCACUUGUUUUCUUACAAUCCUUCUUCAUUCAGGUCCGUUUGAUUUAUUCUUUAAAUUGAUCAUCAACCAAAUAACCUGCUAAAGAAGACAGUCAUUUUUUAUAUACCAUAUCCUCGGAAAAACACUUUAUACUUAUCUAUAUUUUAGGCUACCUGCUUUUUUUUUAAGUGCCAUAAAUUUAAUCUCUAAAUGUAUGGAGGGAUCUAUUUUAGAUUUAUAUACAGUGUCAAACGUCCAUGCCCAUUGGUCUAUAAAAUGAAUGCAUUACAUAUAGUAUAUAUAUAAUACUACAUAAAAAUUUCUAUAGGUGGCAUUUAUAAGAUAAAAAUGUAUUAUUGUGUUUUACCACAAAAGUAGUUAUUUGAAUUUCUUCAUUUUAUUUCUUUAAUUCCGUUUUAUAUUACCCUGCACAAAAAUCAUAUGACAUAGAAACGAAGUUCUGUUUUCUAAAGUUGCUUCAAGUUAUUACCAGCGAGUGGUAUAUGAAGUAGAACAAAAGAUUAUAAAAACUUGAUUUGUCGAUUCCUAAGAGACAAAUGCAUUGCAUCAUCACAUUUAUUUAUUUAUUCUUGUUAUUUAUUAAAUUAGCCACUUUAGUAUUUUACCACUGUUUGUAAUGUUUAUUUUGUAAUGUGGGUUUGUCCAGAAUCAGCCUACAUAUUCAGAAUUUAAGCUAAUGCUUUAAUAAUGCAUAGGAAACGGUUAUUAUUCUUCAUUUUUCAAUCAUUAAUCAUGUUUCUAUAGUGCACGUUCAGAGACUUCAUACAGUACAGCUCAACAGAUCAUCAUCACCCGUCCGUCCAAAACACGUACAAAUUAUAGCUGAGUUAACUAUACCAGCUUGUGUGUUUUUAAACCACACAAAGAGCAAACGAUGUAUUAUUCUUUCCUUUUUUAUUUUAGACUUUUAAAUUGUGUACAGCACAGAGCAAUGUCAUGCAUAACAAAGAUGGUCACAUUUAAAAGAUCUUUUAUCACUCUAUAUAGUAUUUUUAUUUUGUUCUGUACAUACUGUAUUAGUGAAAAAGUUUGUAGUCUUGCGGUACUUUGUAACUCGUGCAGCAAAAAAACAUUGAAAAGAUUGAGAACUUUCAGACACUUUAUAAACACAUGGAAGCUUUUCUUUUGAUGUUGUUCUAUAUUAUUUUGACUGUGUCAUAACCUUUAUUUUUUGUUUGGUGCAUAUUAUAAACUUCUUUGAUUGUGUAUUAUCACAGAAAUAUCUCUGAGGUAAAACAGAAUAAAAGGGAGCAGAGAAAGUGUCAGAAUGUCGUUUGUUGCAUGACAUCAAAGACUUGUCUUCAGCAUUGGCCAGUUGUUUUGGCUUCUGGGAGGUCACAUCCUCUCAAGACAGGAAGUUUAGAGAGGAUGAACAAUUGCGCUUGUUCACACACAGUGUGAGGUGGUAAAUGUGAAGCUCUUUGGUCGUGUUUCAACUUUUGUCCGUCACAUUUUAUACAGUUCACAGCCAGGGCAGUGUCAUAUCGUCAAAUAAUAUUUUGUCAUUUAAGAUCAUAGCUUUGUUUUACAUUUUUCCAAAUUUGAAAAACGUUUUUUCUGACUUCGGAAUCACCGUUGAAUCAAUAUUUUUUGGUGUUUGUCUGUCCCUUUAAGUAAAUGACCUCAUUUCAAAGCUCCUAAUGUUUUUCCGCCUCUUCUGGAUUUGGUGCCGGUCAGAUGAUGUAGGUUUUAUUAAGCUACAGUUAAUUCAAAUCUAUUUCUAUCCAUUGCUUUAAUGUCAUUUUAACACAUGCUCUCUAUUAUUUUAAGUGUGUAAUAUUUGUUUUAAUUACUGGAUUAUUGUGAUUAUUGGAUUAUUGUUGGAUUAUUAACCACAACGCGGACUAUAUCAGUUAUAAUAGUACACAAAUAGCAAAUAGAACCUAAAUAUAAGUAUAUCUAAAUCUGUAAAAACAGAAUUUCUCUCCACAGUAAGUAAAACAGGUCCACUAGUUUAACAAUAUUGUGAGAUUUGUGAGAACUGUAUUAAACUAAUCUUGAGUUACUUCGUUUUCUUCACCACUAGGGGGCGCGAGAGUGACGCUCAAACCAGAAUAAUGUCAAACCGCAAAUCUUCACAGAUGUUAAACAAUUAAUCCAGCAAUUCAACACAACAGACAGACUGAUUUAUUUAACGGAAAACUGUGGUUUGUUUGGAAAUAGUAUCUACAUUCAGAUUUGAUUAAUUAUAUGGUAAAAUAAUUAUGGGGUAUAAUUUAAACAAGUAUGGGGAAAAUAUCGUGGUCCAUAAGGUACUGUAUCAACUACAGUAUAUGUGGGAUUCCCAAGGUUACAGAAAACCUGGAAAUACCAAAGAAUUUCAGUGUUAAAUUACAUUACUCAAAAAGUGUGAAUAAUGAUGUAAUUAGUCAUAUUUAUAAUGCAAUUAAGGAACAGUUCACCAAACACAUUUUUAAUACUUUAUAAUAGUCGUUCAUGUCGUUUUUGAGAAUUGUAUUUCUGACUGAGCUGUUUUUUUUCAGAGAAACCACUCUGUAAAGACUGACAUCUGGUUGUUGUCACAACUUGCUGCGAUCUUGCUGAAACAAGCGAGUUUCCCCGCCUGCACUUAACAUCAUGAGCCCAAUCUGCGCCACAGCUGCGGACGAUGCGUUUCACAUUUAACUAACAAUGUCGGCCAACACUUUUAACGCACAAUUAAAACAAGAGAUGGAGAAAGUUGUUUUUUUUGUAGGUUUUAAGUUCAUAUUGUGCAGAACAGGAAUGUCUUAGUGCUAACAACUUGCUUAAUGUAACAGACCAAUGCAACAACAAACGAAGAGUUUGGUUCCAAAACUUAAAAAUGUUCAAGUCAUGUUUUAUUGUGCAUUCCAAUUCAUAUCAAUCGAACUACAGUUGUUUUGUUUUGAUUUAAGCCACAAUAACUCAAAGAAUACAGCUUACUAACACAAAAAAACAUGAUUUUUGAACAUUUUUUAAAACGGAGUUAUCUCAUUUUGGAACCAAAUUCUUCAAAUAUUUACAACCUUUAUACAAUUCUGUCGCGCAAAAUAUGCAAAUUUACUACAAUAUACUAAAAUAAACGCGAUACUCUCAGGCACGUGUCAUGUUAAUCACCGGUGCGAUUCCAAUGACGUGACAUUGCGCGCGCCAUAUGUUUGGCUCGUGCGGAUUCUGAGGAGAAUGAUGAGAGCCACGUUGAUGGCAUCCUAAAAGUGUCACAUUACUUUUUGUUUCAUGGCACACGUCAUGCGUUGGGAGCAGAUUGACGGCGGUGUUUGCCGGUGUGAGGGACGCGGACGGUGACGCGGUGAUUUCAGAUUGAGUUGGUUUUUUGAAUCACCCCCCCUGUUGUAUUUAAAAAAUAUUUAAGACAAUACAUAACAACUUAUCCUAUUAGAUCUAUUUGAUAAAUAUAAUUUAUUAUGAUAUUUUCUCCUUUGUGUGAUCUAUAUUUAAUAAUAUGGCGUUUAUUUAAAGUGUUUAUUUUUACUUAGUUACUUACUUUAUUAUUUAUUUUAUUUUUGUCUGUUUAUUUCUUUAAUUUUAUAUAUAUUUUGUGUUGUUUUUUCUUAUUCUUCUGUGCCUAUGCCCCUUUAAGUAAU